ACCUUACACAUCACAUGCAUUAAUUAUCAUUUCACGAGUCUGAAAGAACACACCCGGAUUAGCCUUUCUAGUCAGAGAGUACUGUUGAGUAAGCAGGACUAACUAACGGGAUUAAAGCAGUGCCAUCAUUUUGAUUAUUUUCAAUACUUUUAGAUUAGUUUUAGAAAUGUUUGCUGCAGCCACUAAAAACUUUGUGAAACAGGUUGGGGACACCGGGAGACUGAUCCCGGUCCCAAGCCUGAGCGAGGCUGACCGCUACCAGCCCCUCAGCCUGGUAACCAGGAAGAGGAAGAGGCAUUUCUGGAAGAAGAACAAGUUCGCCUCAACUGCUUUCUCACUGAAAGACAUUCUUGUUGGAGAAAAAGAGAUUACAGCAGGUGUAUCCUCUUAUCAACUCCUGAACUACGAGGACAAAUCUGAUGUAGCCCUCAACGGUCGUUUGGGUAAUCACAUAAUCAACGAUGUGGGCUUCAACGUCAGUGGGUCGGACUCUGUGGCCGUCAAAGCGUCCUUCGGCAUCGUGACCAAACACGAGCUGGAGGUCCCCACUUUACUACGUGAACUUAAUUCCAGGAAGGUGGACCUGGAUCACUGCUUGGUUCGUCAGUCUAAGGAGAGUGGACGUACCGUCCUCUGUGUGGUUGUAGAGAGCAUCCGGACAACACGUCAGUGCUCGCUGACUGUCCAUGCUGGCAUGAGAGGGACAACCAUGAGGUUUCAGAUUGACGAUGGCAGAAACCCCAAAGGUCGAGAUAAAGCCAUUGUGAUUCCGGCUCACACCACCAUUGCCUUCAGUAUCUGCGAGCUGUAUGUACGGCUAGACGGCCGGCUCGAUAUUUGUGUUGCUCCAGAGUCACAUGGAGGGUUUGAGAGGGAGCAGAUGAGGGAGCAGCUGGGCGGCUUCAUUGGACAUUUCUCAAUGGGACGACUGCGCCGCUUCUUGUCGGGGAUCAUCUAUGGAAACCCCUUCCGAGCAGAUGACCGUAUGUUCGAAGAGCUUACCCACUCUGAUACCUAUAUGGACGACACCGUGACUGACUACUACGAGAAGGCUGCCAGCAUGACUGACGUGUCUACGUCCUACCUGAGGGAAAGCUCCCACACACGGGUCAAUCUCUUGAAACACAACAUCAAGAAGGGUCCCUGCGCACUAUGCGGUAUGGGAAACCAACGGCGGGAAACAGUCUAUGGGUGUCUGGAGUGCUCCACUGGGGGCCAGAAGUACGUCCGACUGCAUGUGGUGCCCUGUUUCGACCUUUGGCACAAAAGCCUAAGGUGAAAAGGACAAACCAUUGAACUGUGGCCAACAUCUUUGACACAUCUCGCCUUUGCCUCAGAAGAAACCAACUAUCUCUGAAUGUAAUCCCGUGUCACCUGGCUGGCAUAUCGCUUACCGUUUAGCUUUGGCAGCAUCCUGUUUCCACACGUGUGGCACCUGUGUACUGUAGCUGCCCUAAGAUGAAUUAUUCAGCAUUGGACGGCCGGCAAGGAAAAAAUUACAGACUGGAGGUGCUCGGUUCCAACUGUGUCAUUGAUUUUAUGUGUAUAUAUAAAUACAUAUUCCAUACAAAUGCUCUUUUGAAAUCAGUCUCAGAUCUUCUAAAGUGCAAUUUAAAUUGAAGGUUUGGAUGUUGAUGUUGGUGUAACCAAGAUAAGAGUAUUACAAAUGUGUUUUCCAAAAACCUAUUGUUUACUGCUGUGAUCCUUUAAUGAAUUUGAACUUGUUUCCGUGAAUGUAUUUUCCUUCAUUGUUUUAAUGUUUCAAACUGGUGUGACACUAUUUGAAAACAUGGUGUCUUGAUUCAAACAUUGGUGCAGUGCUGACUGCUGACAAAUGUAAUGGUGUUAAGGUCUUUGUCCGGUUGGAAGGUGAAAGUAAGCCUUGCAACCUCUGACCACAUUUCUUACAUAGUUUUUAUGUAUUUAUUUAUCUCCACCCAUUUUCCCAUCAACACGACCCUUCACUGUCCCUGUUGGAGAAAAGCAUCCCCGCAGUAUGAGGCUGCCACCAUUAUAUAUUUGAUUGCUUUGUUUAAGAGUAAAUAUCUGUUUUGUAUUGACUUUAAAUUAAACACAUGUUGACUGUUUUUACCAUAGGUGACCUGAAGGCAAUUAACCUCAGUUUCAUUUAGUGGUAAAUGGGCGGGAUACAAAUGUCACCCUUUUAAUAUGUGUAAAAUAAAUUAAAAGCAGCGUCACUUUC